AUGAAAGAAGCAAGCUUCAACUUACGAAAGUGGAACUCGAACUCUACCGAAUACAUCGACAACGAAGACAAUUGCCUGCAAAGCACCUCGACAUCGAAAAAAAUGAACGACGGAAAUAUAACAGAAGCAGAUGAAUCGUACACGAAAACGACAGUUGGCAACAAUUCACAAUCGACAGCAAAAUCAGUAAAGGUUCUUGGAACCUCCUGGAACACUAAGACGGACGAAUUUCAGUUUGAACUUAAUGAAUUGAUUGCACUCGCGAAAUCCCUUCCUUUGACCCAUACAGCAUCUAAUUCAUUGUAA